AUGCGUAAUAAGCAGAAUAAAUUUUUAAUUUUUUGGUUACUUACCUGCACAGUUAUAGCAUCUAUAUUUAUAGUAAACAAAGAGUACUUGUCUCGAAUAAGUGGAAAUACCCUAUUAAUAACAGAAGAAUAUAAAGACUGGAACGACUAUGAGAUAAUUAUAAAAGAUUCAUAUCGGACCGGUUUCGGUGAACAUGGCAAAGGUGAAAAGUUGACAGAUGCAAAUGACAUUGAUAAAAACAAGCGACUCUGGUCAGAAUGGGGAUUUAGUGUCGUUAUUAGUGAUAAAAUAUCUGUGAAUCGAUCAAUUCCUGACUUUCGACAUCCAAACUGUUUUGAAAAGAAAUAUUUGAAGAACUUACCAAAAGUCAGCAUUAUAAUUAUUUUUGUGGAUGAGAAUUUUCAUGUUUUUAAAAGAACUUUACAUAGUUUGUACAACAGAACUCCUCACGAAUUAAUUGAGGAAGUGAUACUUGUGAAUGAUCACAGCACCAAAGAUUUUCUUUAUGAACCUUUAAGGAUUUACGUUGAAGAAAAUUUUCCAGAAAUUCAAUUCAAUAUAAUAAAUCUCAAGAAGCGUCAUGGCUUGAUGCAGGCACGUGUUGUUGGUGCCAAAGCUGCAAAAAGUGAAUUUCUAUUUAUUUCAGAACCACAUUGUGAAAUGACAUACAAUUGGCUUCCUCCACUUCUUCAGCCAUUGGUUGAUGACCUGAAAGUUGUGACAGUUCCAAUAGUCGACAACAUUGAGUACAAUGAGUUCCAGUAUUAUGAGAAUGAUAAAGGCAAUAAAGGAUCAAGGGGCGUGUUUGAUUGGGAUAUGGAAUAUAUGAAACUUAAGAGAUUUCCAAAGAAAGAUGAAAGUAAGGAAUUAGAUCCAUUUUUGACACCAAUUAUGACUGGAGGAAUUUUCAUGAUCAGGAAGUCUUACUUCUUUGAAAUUGGUCCCUAUGAUCCGGAACUAGUAAUUUGGGGUGGUGAAAAUAUCGAAAUGAGCCUGAAAAUCCACCUUUGUGGAGGUCAGCUUCUGGAGGUUCCAUGCAGUCGCAUUGGUCAUAUGAUUCGUGCAUUCACAAAAGCUAGAAAACAUGAAAGUGGAAUGGACUUUGAAGGAUUUAAUAGAAAAAGAAUUCUUGAAGUUUGGUUUGAGAACUAUAAGGAGCAUGUUUAUAAAAGGAACAGGAAACGAUACAAUAAUAUUAAUCCUGGAAAUCUCACAGAAGCCAUAAAGUUCAAAGAGAAGCUAAAAUGCAAACCAUUCGAAUACUUCCUUAAGGUCAUUGCUCCUGACUUAGAAGUAAACUUUCCAUUAUUGCCUCAUCCAUUUGCAACAGGUCAAAUCCAAUUAUUUGAUGAAGAAUAUUGUUUAGAGACCAAAAAUCAAGUAGAUGAAGCUGUUGUUCUGAAAAAAUGUUUUUGUUUAAUGAAGUCAACACAGAACUUUGAGCUUAGUUGGUGGCGAAGCAUUCGUUUGAAAGGAACUAAUAUAUGCAUUGAUGCUUAUGAUCUACGCAUGAAUUCGUGUCACGGACAAGGUGGAUUUCAGCACUUUAAAUAUGACAUCGACACAAAACAAAUAAAAAAUAUGGUCAAUGAAAAAUGUAUACAGGCAGAAGUUGACGAAGAAAGCAUAAAAUUUGAAGAUUGUAAUGACUCCAUUAAGCUGCAACAAUGGACAUUUAGUGACUUUAUCAAUGAAACAGCUCUUUAUGAUUGGAAAAAUUCUGGAAGACCAUUUCAAGGAGAUGAAAGUGCUUACUGGUGGUGAAGUAAUGAAGGAAUAUUACUGAUUGUGUGCCAUGAUUACAAUGUAUACUGCUAUGUCCUUUGCAAUUAUGAACUUUAGAUAUUAAUAAAAAUAGAUACAG